AAAGAUUCUUUCGCCUCGGCCAUUCCGAGACUCCGUCGGGAUCCAUUGAUGCACCGCCGCGGCGAUGCUUGACAAGCCUUCCUCUCGCAUUGCAGAAAUGGCGUCCACCGUGCACAUGGCCUGCUGAAAAAUAUUCUCGUCCACGAGAGUAAUCGCGCGUUGUUACCAGAAACUUUUUUGUGCGCGUGUCGCUUCUUGGCUUGGCGUGAGCUGCUACCCUUCCGUAUCGCCUCUUUUUCUUUCUCUCUUUCUUCUCUCUUUCUCGCUCUUAUUUCGUUUCUACGCACGGCUUUUCGCGGCCGAGUGGUCGACGACGCGCCCGACCAAGUGUUUUCCCCCCCCUUUUUUUUUUAUUCUUUUACUGAAUCUCCGCUAUGCGACGGAAUAAGAGACUCCUCCGUGAAAAUUCCGACGGAAAAUUCCACGACGUAUAGUGCGUUUCCCGCCUCGCCUCGUCUCGCCGUUGAAUAUCCUGACGCGUUUGUAUCCAAGACACGCGUCGCCAAAGCACGCGAUCGUCUUGACGUGGCUCGCCAGACAUCUCGCGAAACUUUUACACGCGUGUACUCCACGACUUAACGUCGUCAUCGUGAGCGACUUGCUAUCGCCCCAAGUCGUCGAGGUGAUAAACGUUAACAUUCGUUCAACUUUCGUUAUUUUCCCUGAGGCGGAUCCCACAUCUUCCGUUUAUUGUUAUCGGAUGCCUCUAAUCUGGUACUUUCUUAUUAACUGUAAAUAGGGAGUGUAUAUAGUGUGAUACGGUGAGUGCUUAGGUACGUGGGAUUUUAGUUGGCAAUGAGUUCAAGCAACAAAUCCUUGGUGUCCUCUGGUGGAAGAGGCACCAAUAAAAAUAAAUCACAACAUCAUGGCAAAUCUGAUCAUCAUCAUCAAACUAAAUCAUCAGAUUCGACCAAGCAUGACAAGGCUCAGCAAAACACAAAUCAAAUGCGCAAUGCGCAAAUCAUCGAUACCAGAAUGGCGGGAGGCGAGGACCCUAUUCUGAAGGAACGUAUUAAACAGGUCAUGGAUAUGACUCGACGUUCGGAAGAUGAGGUGAUCAUGGCUCUGCACGAUAGUGAUGGAGAUUUGGACCGUGCUGUUAACGAUCUUCUGGAAGGAGUGAAAACAGAAUGGGAGGUUAAAAAGAAGAAGCCUCGUCAGCCUAGCGGUUCCAAGCAGACCACAGAUCAGUCGGGCGGACAGGACGACAAUGGCGAUUGGGAAGAACGACGUAACCAACGUGGUGGUGGUCCUCCGCGUAUGCGCGGCCGCGUUAAUCAUGACAAUCGUGGAUGGCGCGGACGGGAAAAUAAGGAGAAUGAGAGGAACAUGGAAGAUGGUAUGCGUGAUGGCAGCUAUAGCAGAAGAGGCAGGGGUGGAUCCGGAAGAUCAGGUCGCGGAUGUCGUAGCGGAGGUCGAGGUCUUGGUCCAAGAACAUUCGCAAACCGCAACGAUCCAUCAUCUGCCUCUGCUGCUCAUGGUUUUAAUCGGCCCAUUGAAACCUGGACAGGCAGUGAGGAACAACAACAAAGUAUUCAAGAACCAAAAAUGGAUGCUUGGAAUAAUUUGGACUCUACAGAAGACUGGGAUAACGAGGAGUACACAGGAUCUUUGGCAGAUACCAAAGUCUUCACACCGAGCACGAACAUCCUUGAACCACCGCCUGUUCUGGAAGAACAAAAGCCCCAGGAAAUAUCCACGCAAACCAGUCAGGGGGUUAAUUUGUCACUGCUUCAACAAGAGGAGCUACCAAAAUUGUCGGAUAUGUCUACAAUGCAGCAGCAGAAUUUAAUACAACCUCAACAACAGCAAGCCCAACAACAAGUAUUGAGCUUGCCGACGAUGCAAUUGUCACAACAACCUAGCGCUAUCAGUGGCGUAUUAACAGCGGCACAAACUCAAUAUCUGACGCAGCUUACUCAGCAGACGAGUGAAAACUUGAAAGCAGCUGCACAAACGUCGUUUUCGUCAUCAAUGUCCAGUCAGCCCCAAAGACAAACAAAACAACGUCCAAGAGUACCUCCACCAUCAAAAAUACCAUCGAGUGCUGUGGAAAUGCCUGGUGAUGCGGUCAACAGUGGAAUCGGUUUUCUCGAUGUACAGUUUGGCGCGCUUGAAUUCGGUAGCGAUUCCAGCUCCAUCGACAGUUCGGCGAAUGAAAAAUAUAAUUCCACAAAUAAUACAAUCGCCGGUGUAGACAUUUCUUCCGGUGCGAAUACUGCGAACACUGCCAAUACGAGUAAUUCGCUCGACAUCGAAACUACGCAGACUUCCACUACACCUUUCAACGCCAGCUCACAGAUGUUACAGAGUACCGACACUCUACCAGCAUCCAAUGAGCAUACGAUUAGUUCCCAAGGUUUCACUCGUGGAAGCAGUAGUGGCCAAAGCUUGGAUAUAACCAAACAAGAUUUCACGUCGCAAGUCUCACCCGGAAACGCACCAACGUAUGGUGGUACGACGACCUACCAGUCGUCGCAAAAAUCAUCUUUCCAGCCGUCGAGUGGUACGCCAAGCACCUAUAAUGCAUAUUCGACUAAUAACCAAUCUCAGUCUAGCUUCCAAAAUGCGUCAGGCGCUAACGCGAAUAGUUAUUCCGCGACAGCAACAGUUUCACAGGCGAGUUACAACUCGUCAACGUCGUUUCCGCAAUCCAACACGUCAAAUUUCAGUCAACCUUCUCCUGCAUCGGCGUCAGCGACUUCCGGUUACAAUCAGCCCACCACUAGCAGUCAGGUUUAUCCGUCCGCAAGCGGAUAUGUACCAGCUACAACAUCACAAUAUCCAGCGCAGGCUACUAACACGGUAUCAAACAGUAAUGCGGGAUAUCAAACUUAUCAGCCUCAAUAUCAGUCUUCAAUAGCAGUCACGACAUUCACAUCUCCAAUAACGCAAAGUUCCGGUUACCAGAGUGCCACGCAGUCUGUGUACGCGAAUCCAUAUGGAAGUUAUGCCAGUCAACCGCAGGCAGCGUCUCACAAUCACAAAUUGAACAGUACUGCGACGAAGGAUUCACAGUAUGAUAGCAGUGCGACGACGUCAAACAGUUCUCUCGCGACGACCAGUGCACCAACGUUGGGUCUCACCUCGACGUCUGUUAAUAGUUCACAGACUAAAGUGACGAAUUCCAACGCGGUUCCAAAAAGUACGUCGAGCGGAGUAGUGACGGGUAGCAGUGGUACCGGCAAUAUGACAGGCGGUGGCGCGGCCGGAAGUAUGACGCCGAUGCUUAGUCAUCCAUAUAUCAUGGGUCAAGCGGGUGUACCAUAUGCAGCUUUCCAGCAGCCCGUGUACAGCUACGAAGAUAUACAGCUUGUGCAACAGAGAAUACCACACAUGCCAACUACUGGUUACUAUGACGCGGCUCUGGGCUAUCAGACGACUGGUCCGGCUACGAGUCUCGGUGGUGGCAGAGGUGAUGCCCUAUCUGGUGUGCAAGGCGUACAGGGUGUUCAAGGAGUCCAGGGAGCCUAUACCAGUAUUAGCGACGCCAGGUUUGCUAGAAACGACAGCAACGCAUCGCCAGUUCCUUCCACUAUGUCGCAGCAGACCGCCACACAGCAUCAACAGCCAAUGAUAAAUCCUACUCUUCCUCCGGGAUACGCAUACGCAUUUACUUACGGUAGUGGGAUUAUGCCGGGAGGUUUUCAAUAUGGAACUCCUGCCAUUUAUCCGCAAAUAGCAACGGCUGGCAAUGCCGGGACGAAUAGCGGCGCGUAUAGCGCUAAGUCGGGUAGCUAUGGAUCUGGUUAUGGCGCUGGUGCUAGCUACGAUGCGCUGGCUUCCGCUGGCCCGUCUGGAGAAUAUAAGGGGGCCGGUAGUAGUUACACCGGAACUCAAACCGGUAAAACUGGCACUUCCACGGGAAACACUAAUACCGCUGGUUCUUCCGCAACAGACAUCAGCGCUACGAUGUACGCCAAGAGUCAUGUCGCUCUUGGUAAAGUGAAUUCUUAUGAAAAACAGACUUUCCACUCGGCUACGCCACCACCGUUCGGUCUUACGGGUAGUCAAAAUGCUGGCUUGCCCGGUGGUUACGGUGCCCCGCACUUAUUCAUCCCGACUAUACCACAUCAGCUGCACCAGCCGCUUCAUCAGGAUGGCGGCAACAGCGGCAACCAAAGGUCCAAUACGAGUUCGCAGAACAAAGCUCAAGCGAAGCCUGGAUAUAGUCCUAGUUAUUGGACCGGUAGCAACUAAACACAAAGAAAAACAAAAGACAAAGUUUCGAACGCGACACAGAGGAAGGACGAAGUAAGAACAUAACAUCCUACUAGUAGAAUAACAAAUCGUCCUUUGUUGUGAAGCGCGAUUGUGUGACAUAGAGACUUUGACGUCGUUAAUAGUUAAAAAUGACGCAUAAAAUUGAUAGACGAGACACUUUUUUCGAGAAUAACACGAGUCAAUGUGGAAUGGAAAGUGAAUACUUUUGAAAAUUGAAAGGUAUAUGCAAUUAUUGACCGGAUGCUUCCUUCACUGGUAAUGAAUAACCAAUUCUCGCCCUCCCCCCUUCCCCUCCCUCUCCUGUGUAUGUUGUGUACUACAUUCACUUGUACUUGAUAAUUUAUUUGUUCAGUUCAGCACACUCGCAAACUUCUCCAAAAGACUGGCGUAGAGCGCGAUAUCACAAUAAAAUAAUUCCUUGCAUUUUAUGCGGUGAUAUAUGUGCAAAUCCUAUAUGUAAUAAUUUGCAUAUUCCUUCUUAACUGUGAAUUGCACUCGUGCCAAAUGAAAUUGUAGCGUUUGAAACGCGAUGGAUUGCGAAAGACGGAUUAUCGUCUGUAUAGAUUCCGUGAAUUCCAUGACGCGACAUGUCAUAGAAUUCAUGAUAAAUCAUCUGGUACGUCAUAGGAUAUGACGAAGCCAGUAUCGCGACCUUCUCGUAUGAUGCACCGGAAAAGAAACUAGAAGAAUAACAUCCGUCGAGUUCGCACCAGAUCUCCCGUUUGUACAUUACAGUGCAAUUUCGAACGUAUUAUAUUUGACUGCUAAUUAUAGGGUGAUAAUAGUGUGUCUUUAUAUUGUUCUCUUUUCUUUUUCUCGUGUAUGUAAGCAUCUUGGCUUAAUAAAUAUGAAAAGCGCAUCUUUGUGAGGUAGCAUACAGCUGUUUCCGUAAAAAGGGCGAAAAUAAAGAUGUACGCGUGAAACGUACAUACGCUUGUAUAAAUUUAUUAUUAUCGCGUUUUGUAGCAUUUUUAUUUUUGGUUCGUCACAGCGACCUUGUGAAAAGUAUAAUCGUUGCACUCGCAUAAACUUGGUUUAAUCGCGUUACGCAUCUUUGUGAUUAGUGAUGAUUUUUAUUACUCAUUAAUAUGCAUAUAUGACGUUUAUUCCAUAUUAUAUUGAAAUUAUUGCAUAUAAUCUCGGUUAAAAAUGGAGAACUAUAUAUGCAACUCGCAUUAUUUCUAAGUGUAGUUAAAAAAAAAAAAAUCAAAUAUGCCACAAAUAUGUAGUAAAAAUAGUGCUCUGUUCUUUUAUUAUUUUUAU